AGUCUCUUUUGGUUUGACAUCGCUCCCACUUGCUUGACUUGAAACCAGAGGCGAGGUUUAGGGUUUGGGGAACAAGUGUAGGAAGCUGCGUCCACUGAUAAGACAGAAAACAUAUGUAGUUUAAAAUAACGUCUUUUGACUAGAAUUGAGUUUAGAAUUGGAGAUACCGCUUCGGUUUGGCGUCUAAAUACCUGCUGCUGGUCCCAACUAGGACUAUACUGUAUGGUGUGUUGCCGUACACACCCUAACUCCUGGACAUGGCAGGUCUCUGUGGUCUCAAGACCCUGCUGCUCUGGGCUGGGAUCAUCGGUUUGGCCAACUGUCAAAUUGCAACUUCAAACCAAGCAUAUGUUUCAACCUUACCUCCACGCACCACCACAAAUUCUACAGACACCCCAACAACUGCCCACAUACUUCCACUCACCCUCUCAACAACCUCCUUAAACCCCUCAAUGCCAACACCUUAUUCAACUGGGAUAACUGCCACUACUGCUCCUUCUGCAAGCACCUUACCCUCACCCAUCAAAACCGCUCAGACCCUGACUCAACCUCAAAACACCACGUCCACCACCACAGUGACUCCUGACACCAAAGCCACCACACAAGCCCCUCCUCCUCCUCCACAGUGUCCUUACACCGUCAAACCCAUCCCGUUUGGCUUCAGGAUUGAGAUGACCUCUACCACUGGCAACUACACCAUAAGCCUGAAGGAAAAGGGAUCAGAGACUGGAAACAACUUCACCGUUCAGUUCUCCAAUAAAACACAUGAUAUCGAACACCUGAAGCCGUGUACUGAAUAUGAGCAUAAUGUGACACUCAUUGAAGGUCCUGACAACGAAACACCUUGUGACUGCACUGAAGAGACAACGAAGACAACUGGAAUGAGUAAAGAUGACAUUACAGAUGGCAGCAACAUGCCUGGAUAUGUUUGUUACCGUAGCGGCUGGAACAUCAGCUCUUCACUAGCAGCAUCAAAUAAUAUGUCAGCUAAGCCAAACGAAAGGGACAAUAAGGAGUUCUGUAUCAAACUUGGUUUCAAUGACACUUGCACAGAUUUGACUACGACGUUCACUUCAGGAAACAAAUGUGUAGAUUCCUUUAACCUCACCAGAAGCAUCACUGUUGGUUUCUUAAAUCCAAGUGAAAUAAAACAGACAAUUUCAACUGAUUUUCCUGUAAAAAUACAACCAAAAAUAUCUCCAAACUGCAAGAAUCUCAGCAUUGAUUACACCUGUCGGGAAGAUGGAAAACUCAGUGAGACCCGAACACUUUCUGAGCUGGAGCCCUACACAAGCUACAGCUGUGCUGGUCGGAUCACGGACAACAAUGUCACCAUAAAAACAACUGCUAUCAAGAUCAAUAUUGACUGUGAUCUUAAAAUAGACAUAAUAAAAAAACAGAUAAAUUCCACCAACACCACCAUUGCUCUGAGUUGGGACACAGACAUUAACAAAUGUAAAGAUGUCCUUGAUCUUCCGAAGCUUUCUUAUAUAUGCAGCUGUGUUCCUACUUCCUCAAAGCAGAAACAAAAUACUAUCAAAAAUUCAUCCGGAGGAACAUGUAUUAUUGAUGGAUUGAAACCAAACACCUACUAUACAUGUAAAGUCCAACCCCAAUACAACAAGAAGGAUGUUGCCGGACUAACUGAUGCUGAACAACAUAAGACUCAGGUUGGAAAACCACAACAUAUUGAUCAUGUGACUGUGACUCAACCAGAGCAUAACGCGGUUAAAGUCACCUGUACAUAUACAAAAGAGUUUUUUGGACAUGAAAAGAAAUUCAUCGCACGUCUUGAUAAUGGUGGAAGUCUGAUAGAGCGCACAGAAGAUAAAUGCGAGUUUGACUUCAAAGAUUUAAGCUACUCAACGAAAUACACACUGAAGGUGAUUGCUUACAAUGGAAAAAAAGAGAGCGAUCCCCACGUAACAACUUUCACCACUUUCUAUAAUGACAAAGCUGUCAUUGGGUUUCUGGUCUUCCUCAUCCUCCUCACGUCUGUGGCUCUUCUUUUGGUCGUCUACAAGAUUUACAUUCUGAAGCGCAGAGAGUCCCAUGACCUGGGUGAAAACAUGAUGCUUAUUUCGACAGCAAGUGACGAGGAGAACCUACUGGCUGUCGAGCCGAUUGCAGCAGAGGUCUUGCUGGAAACCUACAAGAGGAAGCUUGCUGAUGAGGGAAGACUUUUCCUGGCUGAGUUUCAGAGUAUGCCCAGAAUCUUCUCGAGGUACGCCGUGAAAGAGGCCAAAAAGGCCUGCAACGGCCCGAAGAAUCGCUACGUGGACAUUCUGCCAUAUGAUUAUAACCGUGUCCAGCUGACCACUGGAAAUGGGGAGACAGGAUGUGACUACACCAAUGCCAGCUUCAUUGACGGGUACAAGGAAUCCAAAAAGUACAUUGCAGCUCAAGGGCCGAAGGAGGAGACUGUGUGUGACUUCUGGAGGAUGGUCUGGGAGCAGCAGUCCUCUAUCAUUGUCAUGGUAACACGCUGUGAAGAGGGAAACAGGGUCAAGUGUGCGCAGUACUGGCCGUCUCCAGACCGGGAGGCAGAGAUCUUUGAGGAGUUUAUAGUGAAGCUGAACUCAGAGGACUACUGCCCGGAUUACACCAUCCGACAUCUCAGCCUAACUAAUAAGAGGGAGAAGAACUCAGAGAGGGAGGUGACCCACAUCCAGUUCAUGAGUUGGCCGGACCACGGCGUCCCCGGUGAGCCACAUCUGCUCCUGAAACUGAGGCGGCGUGUCAAUGCUUUCAAGAAUUUCUUCAGCGGCCCCAUCGUUGUUCACUGCAGUGCGGGAGUCGGCAGGACAGGCACCUACAUUGGCAUCGAUGCCAUGAUGGAGGGUCUGGAGGCGGAGGGCAAAGUGGACAUCUACGGUUACGUAGUCAGACUCCGCAGACAGAGAUGUCUAAUGGUUCAAGUAGAGGCCCAGUACAUCCUGAUUCACCAGGCGCUGCUGGAGCACAAUCAGUUCGGAGAGACUGAGACCACUGUGUCUGAGCUCCACAGCUCACUGUUCACGCUCAAACAGAACAACUCUGGCAAUGAACCAACCUUAUUGGAGGAGGAGUUUGAGAGACUCCCCAUCUAUAAAAACUGGAGGACAUUCAACACAGGACUCACAGAAGAGAACAAGAAGAAGAAUCGCUCCCCAUCUGUCAUCCCAUAUGACUACAACCGAGUGUUGCUGAAGCUAAAUGAAGAGCGCAGUCAUGACAGUGACCAUGAUGCGGAAGACGAGGAAGAGUCAUCAGAUGAGGAAGAUGAGGAGUCCACUCUCUACAUCAAUGCCUCCCACAUAGAUGGAUACUGGGGUCCACAAACCUUCAUCGCAGCACAGUCUCCGCUGCCAGACACUGUGGCUGACUUCUGGUUUAUGGUUUACCAGAAGAAAGCAUCUACUAUUGUCAUGCUUUCAGACUGCAGUGAGGGACAGAUGGAGUCAGACUGUGUCUACUGGGAUAAUGAUAAUAAAACAUUUGGGGACUUUGAGGUGGAAGUGGCAAGCACAGACACCUCCCCAACUUUCAUCAGCCGCAACCUGCUGAUCCGUCAUGUCAAGAGGAAAGAGAGACGGCCGGUGAAACAGUUCCAGUUCUUGAAGUGGGCGAGCAACGGGCUGCCGGAGAAACCUCAAGAUCUCACGGACAUGAUCAAGGACAUCAAGCACAGCUGUGGCCGAGGCAAAUCCCAGAGGAGCAUGUCCAUCGUGGUCCACUGCAAUGAUGGCUCGUCCCGUACAGGGAUUUUCUGUGCUCUGUGGAACUUGCUGGACAGCGCUGAGACGGAGAAGCUGGUGGAUGUUUUCCAGGUGGCCAAAACCCUACGCAAGGAGAGACAAGGCAUGCUCUCCAAACUGGAGCACUACCAGCUCUUGUACGACGCCCUGGGGGGGGUCUUUCCUGUCCAGAACGGGGAAGUGAAAGCGGUACAGGCCUCUGCGGCCGACUCCAUCCAGGUUGUCAAUGAAACCACAGCAGCAGAGCAACCAGCAGAGGAUAAGGCUGUCGGCACUACCAACAGCAACCAGCAGGGGGCAGCAGAGAUCCCUCCUCUUGUGGCUGAUGGGGCGGAGGAAGAGAAAAAAGAGGAGCCUGAAAAAGUUUCCAGUGCCCCCAUAGAGACAACACCACUGGGGGACACCAUCAACGAAGCCACUGUCACUGUGGAAGUCUGAGAGGGCCGGCAGGUGGAUGGCUGGCUGUGCUUUUUACUUUUGGAAAUAAGCGCUUCAGCUGAAUGCUUUCUUUUAAUUACUUUAUGACUGUAUAAACAUUGUAAACUGUUUUGGUUAAGAUUUGUUAAAUCAUUUGAUUACAUAUUUUAAUGUCGAUUUGCAAAAAUAUGAUUUAAAUUAAGUUAUAAAUAUUUUCUUAGAAAAAAGUGUAAGAAUGCAAAUAGUUCUGUUAGCAAAGUUUACUAGAAAUGCUGUUGUCAAACUACAGGCCUUAGUGAGAGACUAAGAACUAAAUGCCUUAUAUAAGUUGUUGCCUUAUAUUGUAUCUCUCUCUCUCUAUGAGUACAUGGUGAGUUUCAGUUAGUUUUUGUCUCCUAAAUAAACAAAUGCUAUAGUCUACAUUUAUAUAUGUAUAGCUGGCAUAUUUUAAUAAUUUAGCUGUUAAUUUUAAAAUGUGUUAUGUGACCAUUGUGUCAUUUCAUUAAAGAAGACUUACAAAGAGAGUCUUAUUUAUGCUGAGCAUUUGCUUACUUUAAAAAAAUACUUUUUUCUAAUGUUCACCUUUAUUGGAAAGUUUGUUUUUAAAGAGACAGGCAGGAUUGGGGGGAGUGAGGUGGGUAUGAUAUGCAAAGAAGGUUCCUGUCUGGAAUCAUUGUAAAGCUUUGAUUUCCUUAUAAAUAAUAUAAAUAUAUAUAUAUACUUUAGAUACUUUGAAUUUACUGCUUCCAAAACAACUUUAACACGUCCCAAUAACACAUUUCUAUCAAUUGCUUCUUACUAUAAACAAUGAGUUCCUGCAUAAAAAUGAUCUGCCAUGUUAGAACAGUUGUGAUUGUUUCACAUGAGAGAUGACUCUUGAAUGGCUCUUCUCACUGGUUUGACAUUAGCUGGGCUCUGUUGAAAAAACAAUGUCACAUAAUUAUGUUCACCGGUCAAGAUUAAGCAAUAAAAAAAGCAGAGCGUGCCACUGAGCACAAUCA